CUUCUUCUUCUCUCUUUACCUGUUCUAGCUGCUGGAAUUACCAUGCUGCUAACGGAUCGUAACCUUAACACCACAUUCUUUGAUCCCGCAGGCGGAGGGGACCCAAUCCUCUACCAACAUCUAUUCUGAUUCUUUGGGCACCCCGAAGUUUACAUUUUAAUUUUACCCGGCUUUGGGAUAAUCUCCCACAUCGUAGCCUACUACUCAGGGAAAAAAGAACCCUUCGGCUAUAUGGGAAUAGUCUGAGCUAUAAUAGCAAUUGGCCUCUUAGGCUUUAUCGUGUGAGCGCACCACAUGUUUACAGUAGGAAUGGACGUAGAUACCCGAGCAUACUUCACAUCUGCAACAAUAAUUAUCGCAAUCCCAACAGGAGUUAAAGUAUUUAGCUGACUAGCCACCCUCCAUGGAGGCUCUAUCAAAUGAGAAACUCCCCUACUAUGAGCCCUAGGAUUUAUCUUCCUAUUUACAGUUGGAGGACUAACAGGAAUUGUUUUAGCCAACUCAUCCCUCGAUAUCAUGCUCCACGACACAUACUAUGUAGUUGCCCACUUCCAUUAUGUUCUAUCUAUGGGAGCUGUAUUUGCAAUUAUAGGAGCUUUCGUCCACUGAUUCCCCCUAUUCUCAGGCUACACGCUCCACAGCACUUGAACAAAAGUCCACUUUGGGGUCAUAUUCUUAGGCGUAAACCUCACUUUCUUCCCACAACACUUCCUAGGCCUAGCCGGUAUGCCGCGGCGAUAUUCUGACUAUCCGGAUGCUUACACCCUUUGAAAUACAAUCUCCUCCAUCGGCUCCCUAAUUUCUUUAAUCGCAGUAAUUAUGUUCCUAUUCAUCUUAUGAGAGGCCUUCGCUGCUAAACGAGAGGUCCUAUCUGUUGAAUUAACCUCCACAAACGCGGAAUGACUCCACGGAUGUCCUCCCCCAUACCACACAUUCGAAGAGCCCGCAUUUGUUCAAGUUCAAUCAUGACGAGAAAGGAAGGAAUCGAACCCCCGUGAACUAGUUUCAAGCCAGUUGCAUAACCACUCUGCCACUUUCUUUCUAUAA